UGGGCGGUUACGAGCCGCUGAGAAGGAUUCUCAUAGGCUGACCCCUCCUUUUCACCCAGGAGACACAGAGGGAGGAAGAACUUUUGAUCUGAUCGGAAUAUUAACCCAUCUCUUUUUCCGCCUUGCAGUAGAACCCCUGGAUACAUUGCUUAUUUGCCUUUCUAGAUUUUCAGAUCUGAAUUUGAUUCAGGUAUUCUUCUUUCUAGCUAAGCAACACAAUGGAAAACACGUCGAAAACAAAUAAAAAGGAUAUUCAAGACGGACCGCCAAAAGAAGUCAAAUUGCCUGUCGGUGAAGCACUUCUCGACUAUCACUGUCAAAUAAAGGAAAAUGCAGUAGAACGAUUCAUGGCUCAAAUAAAGAAAAUUAGAGAAAAGAACCAAAAGUAUCAUGAAAGAAAUAAACGCUUAAAGGAUGAACAGAUUUGGCACGUAAGGAACCUACUAAAGGAACUGAGUGAGGAGAAGUCAGAGAGAUUAGCAGUUGUAACAAGAGAGGAAGUUGAAAAAGCAAUGAAGGAAAAAUGGAAGUUUGUAAGAGACCAGGAACAAAACUUGAAAGAUAUGCGCAUCCAAAUAAAUAACGCUGAGAAACUAUUUCUUGAGAAACUCAGUGAGAAAGAAUAUUGGGAGGAGUACAAGAAUGUAGGGAGUGAACAACAUGCUAAACUCAUUACCUCCUUACAGAAUGACAUCAACAGAGUUAAGGAGAAUGCUGAGAAAAUGUCAGAACAGUAUAAAAUCACCCUGGAAGAUGACAGAAAGAGAAUAAUCAGAGAAACUUUGUUGCAACUGAACCAAAAGAAGGAAUGGGCCACAGAGAAUGCUAUAAGGUUCAUUGACAAGGGCAGCUAUCGAGAGAUCUGGGAGAAUGACUGGCUCAAAAAAGAGAUCGCAAAUCACAGGAAGGAAGUGGAAGAACUGGAACAUGCUAUUCAUGAGCUGGAAGGAGAAAAUUUGGUGCUUAUUGAUCAGCUGUUCAACUGCAGACUUGUGGAUCUCAAAAUACCCAGGCGACUAUAUCUUGCUCAAGCUGUUGGGCAGGAAGUGCCACAUGAAGAAAUGCCUUUGGAGUUGCCAGAAACAUAUAUAGAAAAGUCACAACUGCAACCUGCAGAAGUAAAAAGUAGAGACUUGUUGAGCUUAUCACUUGGGAGCGGUGCCUUACAUCUUAGUCAUGAGGAUAGCAGCAGAUACGGCCAGCAUCUGAAGAUAGAUGAAGAGAGUUCAAGUAUAGAGUUUGGAGCCUCUGAUAUGAAAUACUUACUAUAUGAGGAUGAGUGGGAUUUCACGGAUUAUGUAAACUUGGGCCCUCUGGAAAUGAAGCUCAUGACUGUGGAGAGCAAGAAAAUGCCCGUCCAUGUCCAAGAGGAGGAGACUCCAGUCAAAUUCUAUGAUGAUGCCAGGGGCCCGGAAAGCCACAUCACAUAUAAAAUGAUGAAGUCUCUUCUCUAA